AUGCUCGACUGCCUCCUCGUCCUCGUCCUCUCCGUCGCCGGCACCUCCCUGGCCGGCCUCACCACCACUACUAAGGACACCACUACACCCGCACCCUCGACUACUCACGCCCCCAAGCCGACGAGCUCGCUACGAGUACUGCGACGGGAGCUCGUCGUGGUGCUACUACUGGGCUGGCAUCACCGCCUACGAUCCGAGCCGUGGUCCAAUACCGGGGGUGACGCGCUCUCCUCUGGGAUCCUGCGAUCCCGCUACGUACUUGGUCAACACUACGACGAGUACGCAAUCGACUCGGGCUUGAGAGAUGGCGGUUGA